CACACAUCCUGAGGAAGGAACGCGUUUCCUGAUCCACGUUAAACAAAGAAAGGCGGUUCCAUGUGUUAAGUGUAACCAUUCUGCCCUUCUCUUCAUCCUCCAGCGCCCGCGUGUGCGUCCUUCACAUUCAUGAACACUCACCUGUGAGGAUGAGCUUGUGUCUUCUCUGGCUCGGCCUGCUCCGCAUCAGCCUGAGCGCACUGUGGCAAGCGGCCGACAUACAUGCAGCAGUGACCAUUGAUCAGGUGACGCUGACAGUGCUUCCUGCUAAUAAUGUGGAGAGUGGCACUAAUGUGAUCUUACGUUGUGAGGCCAGAGUCAGUCAGAGCCUCCCCCAGCCACUGACAUACUCCUUCAGACUCCUGCAGGACGAUCAGGUGAUAUACUCCAAAAAUAUCACCGACUCAAUGAUGGAGCGCAGUUUAUCUUCUGCCAGGGUGUCCAAUUCUGGUCGCUACCAGUGCAGUGUCCACAUCUACAAUAAGCACAAGAAGAGCAACAUCGUGUUAUUAAACGUCACAGGUCUUCAGAUCCCUAUGCUGACGGUGAAGUCUGACAUUGUGUCUGAGGGGGAAAACAUUAUUGCCACGUGCAGAGCAACAGAGGAGACGGGCUCUCUGAUGUUCUUCUUCUACGAGGAUGAUCAGGAGGUCAGGAGAGUCGUUAUUAGCAACAACUCUGUGACGACCACUCUGGCCAUGCAGGAGCUCACACAAAUUUACCUGCAAUGUGCCUAUAUGGUUAUGAUGCACCCUAAUGCUGGCCUCUCCAACAAAAGCAAUAUGGUGAAAGUUACUGUUCAAGAUCUUAAUGUGAUCACUCCACAGAUAAGCAUCUCCCCCAAAGCAAAUGUUGUUGAGGGUGACAGGGUGUGGAUCACAUGCAAUAUCUCUCAGAUCUCAGAUCUCCCUCAGAUCCCUCACAAGCAAUAUCCCUCAGAUCUUGAGUUGUACCUCACUAAAGGCAACUCCGUUCUUCGUGUAUAUCAUACAGCCUACAUAUACAGCUUCGUAGUAAGAGCUGAGGAUUCAGGGGACUAUGUUUGUAAAGCAGAGAAAGGCAGCGUGCAAAAGAAGGCAGUCAAUCAGCUAAAUGUUACAGAACUGUUCUCGAAGCCAAUUUUGAGAAUGAGCCCAGACCAGGUUUUUGAAGGAGAACGCUUCACUCUGACCUGCAGCAGUAAUGUAAUCUCCUCAGUGAAGAUCGGAAAAGCAGACAUAAAGUAUGUUUUGCUGAAAGAUGGUCGACGCAUUUCAGAAGUUGCAAAAUAUGAAAACACUGCAAGCCCUGCCACCAAUGGGCAAUACUACUGUAUGGCAACGGCUAAAGAAGUUAACAAGACCAGCUCACCACUCAAUGUAAAAGCUAAAGUACCUGUUUCUGCCCCAGUCCUUCGUGCUGUUAAUAAGGUGAUUGUUGGUAAGCCGUUCAGUGUUUCGUGUGAGGCUGAAAAUGGAACGCUUCCAAUAACCUACACCUUACUGAAGACCGAUUUUCCAGUGGCUCACAGGACAGUGGUUGAGGCAGCCAACAGGGUGAUCUUUAACAUAACCUCCAUCAGUUUUCCAGAAGAGAUCUACACCUUCACAUGUCAGGCUCAUAACCGUGGGUCAUCGUUCAGUAGGUACAGUGAGCCCCUUAGAGUACCUGUCAUAGUACCCGUUUCCAGGCCAGUCCUGGAUACAAAGGAGACUACAGUCACAGAGGGGUCAGAUCUUAUCCUCAUCUGCCGUAUACAACAGGGCACUUACCCCAUCACCUUCACCUGGUAUCAUAACAGAGUUAUGCUCCUUUCCUCCAUCCAAGAGGUCAGAUCCUUAGAAGGAAGACAUGUUGUCAAAGCCAUCGAACGAGACCAGAGAGGCGACUACUACUGUGAGGCGUCCAAUUAUGCCUCUGAAACCAAAAAGAGUUAUCCAGCCAGAAUUGGUGUCAGUUUAGCGCUGUGGAAGAAAGCACUUAUUGGAGUGUUCUGUAUCUUGCUUUUGGUGGCUAUCGUCAUAGUCCUGACAGUAUUUUUUAAGAAAAUGUCCCAUCAACGCAGAGAAAAGCAAGCAACUGAGUUAUCAGUAAAACCUUCAAGGCCCAAAUCAGGUGACCCAAUGAGAAUAAGCCUUACUCUCGACAUUGAAGACAACACCGCUCUCAAUGGAACUCCCUGUGUGAUGGGCAGGAAUGUCUGGAGUGAACAUGUAUCUGGCUCAGAUUCUGAUGAUCAUACUGAUGAAGACUCUCAGCUCGUUCAGCCACAGGAAGUGGAUCCCAGCAGAGAAGUUCCUGUGACACAAAGCAUAGAGCCCGAAUACAGUGUCCAGCACACAGAAGUCCAGGUGUCCACACCAGGAGUUUCGGAAGAGGCUGAGGGCGUAAGUGACGCACAAUGUUGACACACAGACACACAAGUCCACAUGUAGCAGGCAGUCCUGGAAUAUGCACAACUCAACAACAGUGAACAAGAACCUGCAUAGAGUCUCAACACUUACACUUAAUUUAUUCAGUUUCUCCACCACCAGAAGCUGAUUUUCAUUCAUGAUGUGCUGACAUUGAAUAUUUUACUUUGUUGAUAUUAUUACCAAUACUUUGUGGCUUAGGUUGUUUUUUAAGUGAGUAAAAUUGUGUUGUGAUGUUUAUAUAUGAGAGAUUAAAAUCUGUCAAAUCAUG